AUGCUCGUCUCCGCUGCCACUCUCGGCCUAAUCGGCCUUGCUGUCGCCUCUCCCUUGGGUGAGCGACAAGUCGUUCCCAACUACCCACCAAAGUCAACCUCCAAGGGUUUCCACCUCGUGGUCAACGUCACUGAUCUAUCCAAGGACUUUCAACCUCCCAUCCAAAACACCUACGUCUCCAGCAUCCAUGUUGGUGCUGGUUUGGCCCUUGUUGGCCAGAGCUCAGGCGCCGACUACGCCCGCAUCUUUUACCAGAAUGGCACUGUGUCCGAACAAAGAUACGGUCAAUCCAAUGUCCUUUCUGACAGCGGAACUCCUCCUUUCCCUUCAGGACUGAAGCUUGUCAAGGACCCCAACUCUGAGACCGUUUCGACAGCGCAUCUGGAUGGCGGUGCUGGACAGUCUGGCAUUGGCAUUAGCCGGUUCCCCGAGCCGUACGCCUUUUUGUACCCUGAGACUUGGGUUGCUUGCAACGAGAGUCAGCCCUACUACCAGGGCCAGUACUUUGUUAUCCUCAAACAAGCCGAAACUACCGUUGGUAGUGAUGGCUCUAUCAAUCGAAACGUCCCUGAUGGCUGCGCACCCGUUCGCUUGGUCCCCGAAUGCACCAAGCUGAACGACUUGCCUGCUGGCUCGAUUUCCAGCCAUGAGUACGCUCUUGACAGCGAGUGCUACCCCGAUGUCAAGUCCCUGGACUGGACCAAGUAUGGGCCUUAG